AUGGAAUUUAAUGGAGCUUGUUUGAUUGCAAUUUUAGUGGUACUCAGUAGUGUUGGCACAAUCUACGCAUUUGAUCCUGAUAUUCUCACCGAUUUCGUUGUUCUGGUUGGACAGAGUUUCUUCACUUCCAUGGGAUUCCGAGAUGUGCUAAAAAAUAAUUUAACAGGGCAAACAGCAGUAAAAGUGAUGAAGUUCCCGGCAGGUGGACUGAACCCUCCUCACACUCAUCCCCGUGAUUCAGAACAUCUGUUUCUUGUGGACGAAUCUCUCCUUAUUGGAGUUGUAGACACCACGGGAAAGUUGUUCAUGCAGACCCUCACUAAAGGGGAUUUAUUUGUGUUUCCAAAAGGACUCUUCCAUUACCAACUGAACACGGAUGCUGACAACGAGGCCUUGGCUGUUUCUGCAUUUGGAAGCGCCAAUGCAGGCACCGUGUUAAUCCCUUCUACUCUCUUCACAACCAGUAUCCCCGACGAUGUUCUGGCCAAAUCAUUUAAGAUAAACACACAGACUAUCGAGCUGCUCAAGGGUGGCCUUUAA